AUGUCUGACGAGAAGGAUAGCGCUCGACCGACGGGUUCACCGACGGAAGAGCCGGACGCUCCCGCAGUGGAAAAAGCAGAGCCGAAACCAGGGUUGAAUGGCGUUCCUGUUCGUUGGUUUGAUGCGGAUAGAACGGAACCGUACACACGGAUAACACCUUUCCAAGAGAUGCAUGAUACCAGCGUGGAAUUUUUCUAUAAACCAAUCACUUUGACCGCGUUGAGUGUGGGUUUGACAGUGUUGGCAUACGUGGCGACAACACAAGAUGUCUUGCAAGAGGGAAAAGAUAAGCGUCGCGUUGGGGCAUACGCCGUAAUAGCGUCAUUCCUAUUGUUCUCGAUGAUUCAGUUCCGAGAUGGACCUUUCGUUAGGCCUCAUCCUGCAUUUUGGCGCAUUGUCCUGGGUGUCAACCUCUUGUAUGAAAUGGCGCUCGUUUUUCUGCUGUUCCAAGAUUUGGAUUCUGCCAGGGAGAUGCUCGUAUAUCUCGACCCGAGUUUAGGGAGACCUUUACCGGAGAAAAAUUACGCGGAGAAUUGCGCGUUUACACCACUCAAUGUGUGGAAUGCACUUGAUAUUUUCUGCGUUGCGCAUGCCUUGGGAUGGUUUGGCAAAGCAUUGAUCCUACGAGAUUAUUGGUUUUGCUGGAUUCUCAGCAUAGCGUUCGAAUUGGCAGAAUAUAGUCUGCAACAUCAACUCCCAAAUUUUGCCGAGUGCUGGUGGGAUCAUUGGAUCCUCGACGUGCUUAUUUGCAAUUGGCUGGGAACAUAUCUAGGCAUGAAAACGUGUCAAUAUUUUGAGGUCAAACACUACACGUGGAGGGGUCUCCGACAGACCCACGGGCUGCGUUCGAAGACACAGCGUGUUAUCAGCCAGUUCUCCCCUCAUGAUUGGACAACCUUCAAGUGGGAAGGGACAGCCUCAUUCGGGCAUUACUUCGCCGUCGUCGUGCUUCUUGCUGUUUUCCUUGCCGCCGAACUCAAUCCGUUCUACCUGAAGACCCUGUUGUGGAUGGAACCUGAUCAUCCGUUCGUUAUUGCGCGUCUCGCUGGAGUCUUCCUGUGCGCCCUACCCGCUGUGAGAGAGCUGUAUCAAUAUGUGAACGACCCUAGGAAAGCCGUGAGGAUGGGGCAGCAUGUGUGGUUGCUCCUCGCUACGAUUGGCACGGAGCUACUUGCGAUCACGAAGUGGAGCCAAGGGCAGUUUCCAGACCCCUUGCCCACAAGCGUCAAGUGGGCGUGGUCCAUCGGAGCAUUCUUGUUGGUGUUGUAUCCCACAGUGCAGUUCGGAAUUCCGAGUCUGAGAGAAUGUAAGAAGAGGCGCAAGAGCAAGUGA